AUGUCGCAGCCCCACUUGCAGCUCUUUAACUGCCUUCAAGACAGUCAUAGCAAGAACUCCGGCUUCCCACUAUUCUCUCUCCUACCGCCCGAACUGCGCCUGAAGAUCUGGAGCUACUCCCUGCAACACCCGCGCAUCGUAACGGUCCGUUUCGAAGUUCGCACAGACAGACAAGUAGACGAAGAUCGAGGAAGCACUCGGUAUCGCGCCAUUGUGGACGGACACCAGGUAAUAAGCAAGUUGAUGCGAGUCAACAGCGAGGCAAGAGAGGCAGCAUUGAGCUUUUACCGGGUUCACAUUCCGUGCACGCUGAUGCAUGGAAUUGCGGGCGAAGAGGUUAUGAAACCGGGGACUUUUCAUUUCAAUCCGGAGUACGAUUUUCUUUGGAUAUAUCCGGGAAUUCUGGCAAAGAAUACUUUGUUGGAUUUUAUAUAUCAUCUGAAGCACACGCAUGAUCCUCGUCGUGUUGGUUUGCUCAACUUGGCGCUGGACACGCACAGUCUGAACGCGACUGAUCUUGACCUAUUAGAGCCAUCGAACCUCAAUGCUGAGCAUAGAGACGCCUUUGUCGCAACUUUCAGCCAGCUACGAGAGGUCUUUUUUGUCGAGAAGGUACGCACGGGACGUCAAGUUCUGGGUCUCUUGAGCGGGAUUCCGACGUCUGAGACUAUGUUUAACCGCUCCUUCCCAAUCAUGGCGACAACACCGAACUUUGAGCGUUUGCGUCGUGAUCCCCGCCAUAUUGCCGAGGACUUGAAACGGGUAUAUGUAGAGAGUGACCCCCUUGGUCUGCUACAUCAAUGGCAGCGAAUACUGAAGAAAUGGGACAUCUCGCCGUCCGGUGUCGAGUAUCGACUGAUGCUAAGUUUCAGUCCGCCUGGCAGCGAAUUCCAUAUCUUUGAUUGUGAGAGCGCAAAGAGAUGGGUAGAAAAAGAAGAUUGGGAGUGGACAGGGAAAUGGCGCAUUGACGACAGUGUAACAAAUGCUAACCUAGCACUACGCUAUUUCGAUAUCAGCGACCAAGUCACACAGUACCCGAUUGGUUCGUUGCACGAGAAGUACAAGAAUGAAGACCUCGAGAAAGCCGUGAAACCCGCUUUUGGGUUUUGGUUGUUCCCGAUGGACGCGUUUGGGACAUUGCCGCCAGAAGCAGUUUCGGAGGAGGCGUGGUUUCGGCCGUUCACGAAGGAGCUUUUGGAUAUGACAGAGCAUUGGCCUGAGCUUGGAUUAUUGAGCUUGCCUAGGAUGUCUUGA